UUUAUUUUGCAGUUUAACAUCCGAGGAUUUACACUUCACCGAAAAGAGCUAUAUACUUCGUUAUCAUUACUUUUGGUUACACUUCUUUUUGGCGCCCUAGUUAACGACUUUGUUGCAAUCAUAGACGUGGAGAUGCCUGAGAACUCGACUCACGAGUUCACCUUUGCGAUCCUGGUAAGUAUCACGAUGGGUAAAGACGGAGUAUGUAUAGCAUACAAAUACGACUUCUUUUUAAAAUCCCAGCGAGCGUGAGGUAUAUAUGUAUAUAUACAUACACAUAGUUACGUGUAUAAUCAAAGCUACCGGAAUAUCAGCUGAGAUUUAAUCAGUUAUAAAAUCCUAAAUUAUUGAACCUGUUCGUGCAAGCAUACCGCUUAAGAUGAUUUGUCGCCGAUAUCUUUCAGAUGUUAAGAACCGCGAAGACUCUUGAAGAAAGCAUAGUUUCAAUGAGUCACUGAAUUAUUUUCUACAAUUCAGCCUUUCUAAAAAUCCUUAAAUAAUCUUAGUCAAAAGGCUGACAGGUAUAAAAGUUUCUAAUGGUCAUGGCAGUUAAACCCUCUUCUUCCAUUCGUUGUCUUUCUAGUUGCUCCACUGUGUAUCCUUUACACUCUCCAUCCUGGGUUUUGUUUAUAAUAGUCUAGCCGAGAAAAGCAUUGGAACGAUAUUAGGACAAAUUUUAGUAGGUAAGAAACUUUUUCAGCCAUGGAUGCUAUUAGAUUGCCACACGUGAGAGACUAGGAGAAAGAGAACACACAGAACCUCUCUCUUUCUCUCUCUGGGAGGAGACUUUUUGAAAAACACGGAAGAGUAUUAUUUUUGUACACUUCGUCACCUUUUCAGGUCCGGUCAGGUGUUAUAGGUAUUCAGGAAUCCGGGUGGUUUUUUUUGCCCGAAUAUACGGUACGCAGUUGUUCCUCAGUACGGUUAAUGAUUAUCUCAUCCCACUACCUCUUUCCAAAUUUCCAAUUCCAAGAUUAGGCAGGAAAGUCAAUAAACCAGAAUUGAGUUUGAGCCUUCGAGAGAAGUUGUUGUUCACGAGUACGGAUAGUUUCUUUUUUUCUGACGAGCUAGAACCUUGGAAUCUUGUAAAAUCUAAUUGUAAGAGGAUACAGCCAAUAAAAAACCUUAAAAGAUCGAAAUAAAUUGGAUGACCCAUCAUUCCUUGUCAGAAAAUGAGCCUUAUGUUUUUAAUUUUCUAUUUUCUUUUAGCUUUUAAUAUGGGUUUAUUCGUUUGUCGUAUAUUUCUUGAGUUAGUCUUCCUCGAAUUUCGACCAGAAGAGAUGGCAACUACCACGUAA